ACACCUGUCAGGACACGAACUCCUCAAAGACAACCCAAGGCAAGAAAGAGCUAUUGAAACUCGAGUGAUUACAGACAAUUGCUCUGAAGAAAGAAAGACAUUCAACUUGAACGUACAAAUGAACUCAAUGGACAUCCAUUGCAAUGACGUCAUCCAGAAAGAUACACAAGGUCCCAGUGCCGUUGCCUUUAUCUCAUAUUCUUCUCUUGGAAACAUCAUAAAUGCAACUUUUUUUGAAGAGACGGAUGAGAAGGAUCGAGUGUUUCUGAACUCUCAGGUAGUGAGUGCUGCCAUUGGACCCAAAAGGAACGUGUCUCUCUCCAAGUCUGUGACGCUGACUUUCCAGCACGUGAAGAUAAACCACAGUAUCAAAAAGGCCUUCUGUGUCUACUGGGAGACCACAAAGCAGGGAGGCCUGUGGUCCAGGGAUGGCUGCUUCCUGAUACACGUGAACAAGAGUCACACCAUGUGUAAUUGCAGUCACCUGUCCAGCUUCGCUGUCCUGAUGGCCUUCACCAGCCAGGAGGAGGAUCCUGUGCUGACUAUCAUCACCUAUGUGGGGCUGAGCCUGUCUCUGCUGUGCCUCCUCCUGGCGGCCCUCACCUUCCUCCUGUGUAAAGCCAUCCAGAACACCAGCACCUCACUGCAUCUGCAGCUCUCGCUCUGCCUCUUCGUGGCCCACCUCCUCUUCCUCGUGGGGAUUGACCAAACUGAAUCCAAGGUGCUGUGCGCCAUCAUCGCCGGUGCCUUGCAUUAUCUCUACCUGGCCGCCUUCACCUGGAUGCUGCUGGAGGGCCUGCACCUCUUCCUCACUGCACGGAACCUGACGGUGGUCAACUACUCAAGCAUCAACAGACUCAUGAAGUGGAUCAUGUUCCCAGUGGGCUAUGGCAUUCCCGCUGUGACUGUGGCCAUUUCUGCAGCCUCCAGGCCUCACCUUUAUGGAACCGCUGAUCGAUGCUGGCUCCACCUGGACCAGGGAUUCAUCUGGGGUUUCCUUGGCCCAGUCUGUGCCAUUUUCUCUGUGAAUUUAGUAUUUUUUAUCUUGGUCUUUUGGAUUUUGAAAAGAAAACUUUCCUCCCUCAAUAGUGAAGUGUCAACCAUCCAGAACACAAGGAUGCUGGCUUUCAAAGCAACAGCUCAGCUCUUUAUCCUGGGUUGCACAUGGUGUCUGGGCUUCCUACAGGUGGGUCCAGCUGCCCAGGUCAUGGCCUACCUCUUCACCAUCAUCAAUAGCCUCCAGGGCUUCUUCAUCUUCUUGGUCUACUGCCUUCUCAGCCAACAGGUCCAGAAACAAUAUCAAAAGUGGUUUAGAGAGAUUGUAAAAUCAAAAUCUGAGUCUGAGACAUACACACUUUCCAGCAAGGUGGGUCCUGACUCAAAACCCAGUGAGGACAAGUGAAGAGAAAAUAAUAGAACUAGAACAUUCAACUCCAUAUGGAAAAUCAUACCCAUGGAUCUUUUUGGCAUUAUGAAGAAUGAAGCUAAGGACAAGGGACUU